UGGGUUGCCUCUUCUGGAGAAGGUGUGGACUGGCUGAGGUCUGCGACCAUGAAGGUCAAAGUCAUCCCGGUACUUGAAGACAACUACAUGUACCUGAUCAUUGAGGAGCACACACGGGAGGCAGUGGCUGUGGAUGUGGCUGUGCCCAAGAGGCUGCUGGAGAUUGCAGGCCGCGAGGGGGUCUCUCUGACCACGGUGCUGACCACCCAUCAUCACUGGGACCACACACGUGGAAAUGCAGAGCUGGUGCACCUGCAGCCAGGACUGGCGGUCAUGGGAGCAGAUGAGCGCAUCUGUGCACUAACCCGCCGGCUGGCACAUGGGGAGGAACUUCAGUUUGGGGCCAUCCACGUGCGAUGCCUCUUGACGCCAGGCCACACCUCUGGCCACAUGUGCUACUUCCUGUGGGAGGAUGAAUGCCCGGACCCACCAGCCCUCUUCUCUGGGGAUACUCUGUCAGUGGCAGGCUGUGGCUGGCAUCUGGAGGACACUGCCCAGAAGAUGUACCAGAGCUUGACCAAGACCCUAGGCACCCUGCCACCCCAGACGAAGGUGUUCUGUGGUCAUGAGCAUACGCUGAGCAAUCUUGAGUUUGCGCAGAAGGUGGAGCCCUGCAACAACCAUGUGCGAGCCAAGCUGUCCUGGGCCCAGAAGAGGGAUGAUGAUGACAUACCUACCGUGCCUUCCACACUGGGCGAGGAACUCUUGUACAACCCUUUCCUGAGGGUGACAGAGGAUCCAGUUCGUGAGUUCACAGGCCAGGUGGCACCAGCCCAGGUCCUGGAGGUGCUCUGCAGGGAGUGAGCACGCUUCCAGCUCGCUCUGGAGCCACCACAGCUCCAGGUUCGGGCACUCCUGGCCUUGCAGUGGGGACUUCUGAGUACACCCCAGGAAAAAUGAGCCCUGGGUGGAGCCUGCUUGUCUCCAUACCCCUUCC